UGAAUACAUAUGUUUUAUUCAAAUAUUCAGUCGUGAAUAUGUAUGUUAUAUUCACAUAUGAAUAGAACAUAGCUAUUGAAGGAAAGGAAUUGAAAGUAACAGCAGAGUCUGUUCAUGACACGUUGGGCAUACCAAUUGGUGGAAACAAACUUACACAACUGGAUCAAUGGCCUAAGGAUGAUACAAGUUAUGAUGAAUGGAAGCAACAAUUUAAAACGGAUUCAAUCAUCCGACUGACUACAAUCAAAAAUGUUAUUGUUUCUACCACACAAGUUGAUUUUAAUUUCAAAUUGAACUUCUUAGUUCUUUUUGUCAACACUUUUUGCGAGUCAACAUCAAUGGGAAGAUGUAACAUGUUUCCCUUGAGUUAUAUUUCAAGAAAAACAAAUAUCAACAACAUAAACUGGUGCAGCUAUGUUUUGAAUUGUCUUGUUAGAACAAAAAACUCAUACAUACCAUACUCAGAUAACAACUUCUUUGUUGGGCCUUCAGCUUUCUUGGUGAGAAUAUUAGAUAUUGAGAGACAUUUGAACAAGAAAAAGGUAGAUUUAGAGUUGGAGAAUUAAACGAAGAAUUUGUUAAUGAACAAAAUGAAGGAGAUACAGAUCUCGAAGACAGUGAUUCUGAUAAAGAUGAAGAUCAUUAUGUUGAGACAUAUGAAUCAAAAAUAUCAAAAAUGCUUAAUAGUUUUGAGAGGGUGAAGGAAAAGCUGAAUUCAAAGCUUAAUGAUGCGAUGACAAAGUUCCCUGAAAAGGAAAGUUUUAGAAUUUUCAAAGAAAAUAUGAAAAAUAUGAUUGUUGAAGAAAAAACUAAAAGCACAACACUUUUUAAUUUUCCAAUUAAUGAAACUGGAGUUGAAGGAUUCAAUUUAACACCAAUAAUGGGUCAAAAAACAAAUGAUCAAACAGAAAAUGAAGAUAAAGAGGGAAAUGGUGAAGAAGACAGUGAUAAUGGUGCAAGUCAACCAGAAGUAGAUUAUUUGCUAGAUUCAAAUGAAGCAGAUAAUGAAGGAAUAAAGAAUGAUGCAGAUAAAAAUAAAAAAGAAGAUGAAAUUGGAGUAAAAGAGAAAGAUGGAAAAAGGAAUGAAAAUCAGAAUGAUGAAGAGGAAAAAGAUGAUCAUGCUGAGGAAACAAAUAAUCAUGAAGAGACUAUUCAACAAACUAAAAAUGAAAAUUUGUUGGAUAAAAUUGUUGACAACAUUGUGGACAAAGUCCUUGGAAUUGGAGUUUCAAGUUUAAAUAAUCAAGAAGAUGAAAUCUGGAAUCACCCUGAAAUGAAAACUAUUUUCGAUAAUAUUGAUAUAGGGUCACCAAUAAGUAUAGGUAAAACUAAUACUCUUGCAGAAAAGGAAAAAUUAGAAGGUGUACAUGAACAAGGAACAAAAGUUGAAAAAACAAAGGGAGAUGAUAUAGGCAUGGAAAACUAUGAAGAUAGAAAUGAAGGAGGAACAGAAGCUAAGAACAAGAAAGAUGGAGGUGAAGAAAAACAAACAAAAAUUGAAAAAGGAAAUGCAGAAGAUAGAGGAAAGAAAAAGUCAGAAAAUCAAAAUAAGAAAGGAGAAAAAGCUAACAAGACAAAAGGAAAUAAAGGAGGACCAUCAAAGCAUGAUCUGGAUCAACCAAGAGAGAAGAAGCUUGCUGAUGCUUUCAAAUCACCUUUCAAAUGCAGAAUAACAGACACAAAACCCAAACUGACACAUCAGGAGAGUAUUGUCUGUGAAUGGUUGUUCAACUUACAAGGCAAUACAUCAGAUGUGGUUUUCCAGACAAAAUAUGGUCAGAUAGCAGAAAGAGCAGUUAUGGAAAGUCUAUAUGCAAACACAAAGAUUUUUGGAGAAGUUUUAGACACUUGGUCUGAUUUACUUAACCACCAAGAACUGGAAAGGGAUUUUGGAAAUUUACCAUACAGACUUUUCUUGAAAGUUGGAGUUUCUGCUAAGGUGUUGGAUCUUGCUGAAAAAUAUCAAAAAGUUGAAUUCAAAGUGCGUACUGAUCAUGCAUACAAGGCUAUGAAAACAAUUCAAAAAAGGUUAAAAGAAUAUUGA